GAUCCCUCUGCCGGGGUGCGUCACCUCCGCUCGCCAUCCCGCUCGCCGUCCCGCUCGCCGUCCCUCGCUCCGCCGCACCAUGACGGACCGCUACACUAUCCACAGCCAGCUCGAGCACCUGCAGUCCAAGUACAUCGGCACGGGGCACGCCGACACCACCAAGUGGGAGUGGCUGGUGAACCAGCACCGGGACUCGUACUGCUCCUACAUGGGCCACUUCGACCUGCUCAACUACUUCGCCAUCGCCGAGAACGAGAGCAAGGCGCGCGUCCGCUUCAACCUGAUGGAGAAGAUGCUGCAGCCCUGCGGGCCGCCCGCCGACAAGCCCGACGAGUCCUAGGCCUCCUCCUCCAUCCUCCUGUCCCGCCGCCGCCCUCGCCUGUGGUUCCCGCGAAGCACUGACGGGGGAGAAGUCUUGUAAAAUGCUUGCUUCUGGACAGCGCCGGCUCCUCUGACUGUACAGUCCUUCGGAUUUUUUCAAAUGGACAACAAUAAAGCCUGCUGGGCAUUUCUAGUGUUCUGUUUGGUAAUCU